AUGUCUUCGAAACUCCAGGACCUGAGCAAUCGCGUUGCUAUCGUGACGGGUGCUGCCAGGGGCCUUGGUCGCGAGUACGCCUUGCUUUUGGCAGCGCAAGGAGCGAAAGUCGUCGUCAACGACUACGGCGGCACUAUUGAUGGGACCCGGGGCGAUCAGAGUGUUUCCCAAGAGGUGGUGAACGAGAUCAUCGCGGGGGGAGGCGAGGCAUACGCCGAUGGCCAUGAUAUCUCCGUCCAGGCCGAGGUCCAAGAGAUUGUCCAGACGGCUGUUGAGAGAUACGGAAAAGUCGACAUUCUCAUCAACAAUGCCGGGACUGCCGGUAGCGCCAGCUCCCAAGACAACGUCAACGUAGACUCCUUCCGCCGGACCUGGGAGAUCUCUGCUCUUGGUACCAUCAUGCUGAUCAGUGCGGUCUACCCGUUCAUGGAACGGAACGGCUACGGCCGCAUCGUCAACACAUCUUCCGAUAGCAUCGUCGGCAUGGGAGCAGGAGGAGACGGAGGCUACGUCGCGAGCAAAGGAGCUGUUUUCGGCCUUACAAGGGACCUUGGGCGAUUCAGCCCCAAGCACGGCAUCAAAAUCAACGGAGUCAUGCCUUCUGCCGCCUCACGCAUGUCGGAUCUGUCUCCAGUGAUCAAGAGGAUUACUCGAAAGUAUUUCCGAACUCAGCUUGUCGCCGAAUUCGUCGUUGCUCUGGCUAGCGAGGAGUGCCCCGUGUCCGGAGAAUUGUUCAGUGCGGGGGGUGGAAGGGCUGCGAGGACCACCAUUGCGACGGUCCCAGGUCACACCAACGAGUCCACCUCGCAGGGCUACCUGGACAAUUUUGACAAAGUCAUGGGGACCUCAAGCGAGCUCUACGUACCAAGCGAUACGCUUGACCUUGUGUCAGUGGAUCUCUCUGCAAAGGGCAUCUUCAGUUCUGGAAACGCCCUCAUGCAGGACCACGAAGGCACGGGGGACCUCGCCAGAAUACUCAUCCGCGAUACCGAUAACGGCUGCAUCAGCGACAAAUGA